AUGGCGACUCCUGCUGGAGGCUGCGUCCCACAGCAACUGCUAGUUACUGUUGUUGCAACAGCAACAUUAUUGUCAACAGUCUGCAAUGCGGCCGCAGCAAAACACUCUUCGUCAACAACGACUGGCGCGCGAGGGCGUACACCGGAAAUGCACAACGGACUGGCCCACAAAAACAUGGCUCAUGUCUAUGCAAAUCAUGUGGGACAACAGCAGCGGCAUGAGCAGCAACAACAACUGCAAAAAGUUGAGGCAAAACCCACACAUCAGCAACAUUAUGGCUUUCAUUAUGAGCGGAAUAACAGCAGUGGCAGCAAUCAUAAUGGCCUUGCAGCACACACCGAAACCGCGUCGGCAGCCACAGCAGCCUCAGCAGCAGCAGAGGAAGUCAGAAAGACAACACGUCGAAGUUACAAUGGAUUCAGUGCCGGUGCGGGAGUUGGAGGCAUAGGCGGAGCCGGCGGUGAUGUUGCGGAGUGGCGCAGCUCACAUAACGGUGCUGGCAGUAGCACAAGCGCAAGUAGUUACAACUUUGGGGCAGCUAAGCUUAAUGAUCUCACAAAUCUCUCGGGCUUGCGGCAUAUUAGCAGCGGUUUUGGCGGUGGCGGGCAUGCACUUAGUGCCGGUGCUCUCGGUGCAACUACAACAGCUGUGGCCAAACAACACAUACCAAUUUACGAAGAACAGCAAGAAAACGAUUAUGGCGCCGCCACAUUGGGUACAUCCGGCGCAGUAGGACACAAUGUACUUGGGGAAAGCAAUCAACAUGGCAGCAGCAGCAGCAACAGCAUCAGUUUUGGUGGCAGCCAUGGUGGCGGAAGCAGCACCAGCAGUGGUUGGAGUCAUAGUGUUAGCAACGGCAACUAUAAUUCUGGCGCUAGUACCAGUGCUGGUGGGCGCAACGAUGCACUCAGUUCGGCCCUUUACAAUUUACACUCAGCAGGCACGCACAAUGGAUUUCAGCCUUCGGCAUUUGGUAGCAAAUACUCAUCAGCGGCAGGCGCUUCCAUGACCUAUGCGUCGGCAUCUCCCUACAAGCACCAACUCGAACAUCAUAAGCAUCAAGCAAACGAUAAAAUCUCUGAUGGCAGCUUUCUGCAUCGUUAUGAUCAUAACUCCGGCAGUUAUGAUGAACAUUCUGCCCCCUCGAUAUACGCACAUCACGACCACCAUCAUUCAAUAACAACUUCAAGUUUUAUGCCUCACGAAAGUUUCGCUCACACAGGACAUAACACCGAUUCUGCGGCUUCAGCUGCAUCGGCUGGCGAUGCAGAUAUCUCAUUUGGGCACCAUCACAGUAUCGGUAGUGUCGGCGGUAGCGGUCAUGGAGAUGGUGGUGCCGAAGCUGACAUCGAAGAAGAUGACAAAGGCUCUAGCGGACCUUCGUACGAUGACGCCACUAAUUAUCUACCCGAGCAACAUCAUUCGGAUGACGGUGGCUCUUCGUCGCCGCAACAUGUCAUCAACUACAUACCCUAUCCGGUUGUGAAGAAAGUGCACGUACCAGUUCGCGAACCCGUACAGAUUCCAGUGCAGCAUGCGAUUAUAGUACCAGUCAGCAAGCCAGUGCCCAUACACAUACCGGUGGCUAAGCAUGUACCCGUGCCGGUUGAGAAGGAGUUAAGAGUACCUGUGGAGCGCGUGGUUCCAUAUCCAGUUGAGAAGCCUGUACCAGUGCCCGUGGAGAAGCGUGUACCCUUUCAAGUGGUUAAAUAUGUCACCGUGAAGGUACCCCAUCCAUUCCCCGUUAAGGUGCCCGUCUUCAAAACGAUAUUGCACAAGGUACACAAGAGCGGUAUGUGGUAGGUAUUUACCGUACGUUCACUGCGGAUGAGCACAGUUGACGGCAGUUGGGGCGUGUCAAUUCUCAUAUUUAUUAU